AUGAGUAAUGUCGCCCGACGGCAGUGCGACCAGCGCACGGGCAGUGAGACGGAGAUCGAGUGCGACGAGCUGCAGUUCUUGACGGAAGAAGAGGAGGAGAGCGGCCGCGCCGGUUGGCGGCGGCUGCUCAAGACGUUCCCCGCGCAGCCGAUGCUGGCGCCAGUGGCCCCGACGUUUUCGCUGCACGACUUGGCACAGACAAAAGAGCCGUCGGGAGUGGACGAGCGCGCCGCAGCCGCUGCCGCGGGCGCGCCGUCGACGCUCGCGGGUCACGUCAUGUGGAAACUGGCUGCGCGCAUGUCGUCGCGCAACGAGAGCCGCUUGUUGCAGCACAUUUCUCGCUCGAUUUUCAGCCAUGGCACGAACAAGCAGGACGAUCGGUUCCAGCUGGACUGCGAGCGAGGAGACAGUACUUCAAGUACUCAGUCCAGGUCGAGGAAGUCGGGGAAGAGUGUGGCGGCAGGACCCAGGGAGAGUGAGGACAAAGUGAGUCACGUGAGACGUGGACAAGUGAUCGAUUCAGACGCUGUCGCGUGUCAGGACACAAGGCCACCGUCUUCGUCGGGAGCAACAGCUGCAGCGAUGGCCGGUGCCGCUUCUGCUUCUUCGGCCUCUGGUGCUGGCAUUCUGCCGCCGAUGCCGCCGCUGGUGUUUUCGCCGUCAAAGGGAAGAGUGCACAAACGGGCACGCAGCAUGACGUUGGAGCAGUAUACUAAGUGGACAUACACGGGACUGCGUCCGGGCUUUUCUGUGCGCGUGGUGCGCUCCGAGGCGGCGGGCUCGAUGCCGCCUGUCACGGAAUACGUGCUGCAUGUCGUGGACCUGCACACGCGUGUGUUCUGGAUCACAAAGAAACGGUUUAGUGACUUUUACUUUCUCCGGCGUAAGAUCCGAGCAAUGAUUCGACGGGCCCCGGAAGCUGACGAUGAGGAGAAAGAUUACUUGCGUUUUUUGCUGGACUUGCCGUUCCCUCGACGACGAUUUCGACCAGCGAGCGCUGCAGCCGUCACUCGUGGUAUCGGCGAGAUUGAGGUGUUUUUGAGAAACUUGGCAGCUCUGGAGCCGCAUUCUUGUCUACAGCGCAGCAUUUUGAUGGAGUUGCAGCUCGAGAUGUGCUCGGCGGAGUUUGUAUCGUCUUUGGAAAAGAUUGACACGACGGGCGAGCCAGUGGAGCCCAAGUGGCUGGCGUACGAUCUGUUUCGGCGUCUCAAUUGUGACGGUGCGAUCGAGGGCAGUACGUGCUAUCGAUUUCUGCACGUAUUCCGGAACCGCGUAGCAACGAUUGAAACGGCGGUAGACUCGGAAUGUAACGAAGCGGAGGGGACGAUGCUUGCAGCGUCAGCAGUCAAAGACUUGCGCAACACGGUCACUAGCAUUGAGAAGUACAUUGCAGAGAAUCUGGACCCCCAGUACGCGGAGACGCUGUCGCUGCUGGGCCACAGCACCGACGUGUCGUCCGUUUUGGACGACUGUGUGUAUCACGCUGUCGAAGACACUGUUUUGGUACCGCUUGAGAACCAGGUGAAUUUUCUCGUGGGCAAGACCGUCGAUAAAGACGUCGAACAGCGUUUGGCGUUUAACAUUGAGCGCUUGAGGUGUAGAUCACAAAUUGAUAGUGGUAUCCCGGAGCACUUGCAGUCCGACGAAGACUGGGGACUGUCAUGCCACCACUUGAGCAUGAUUGAUGAACGGACGUUGCCUACGGACAAGAUCCAGGAGCUGCUUCGUUCUGCCCUCGAGAUUUUCAAGAGUUGUGGAGAGAAGAAUCUGGAGUGGCAUGACAAUUCGGCGCUGACGGCAGACGAGUACCUCCCUAUCCACAUUUACGUCGUGGUGAAGAGCGGGUUGAAGCGACCGCUGGCAACGAAGGAGCUGCUGGGCUCUAUGAUCCACCCGUCUUUGAUGCUGGGCGAGGUGGGCUACUUCCUCACAAUGUUUGAGGUCGCGCUCAAGUACAUUGCCGAUAUGUAA